AUGAAUGCUUUCUUUGAUGGUUACGUGCAUGCCAGGACAAACCUUAAAGAGUUUGUUGAUCAGUUCGACAAUGCAUUGAAGAAAAAAAUUGAGAACGAAAACCAAGCUGACUUCAAUUCAUUUAACUUCACGGUUCCUUGCAUAUCACACUUGGCUUUUGAGAAGAAGUUUCAAGAUGUAUACACAAAUUCAAAAUUUAGGGAGGUUCAACAAGAGAUAAUGGGAAUGAUAUAUUGUCAUUAUCGUUUCGAGAAAAUGGAUGGAGUAAUCGCAACUUACUCGGUCGAUGAUCAAGUUAAGGCUGAAGAUUUCAUCAAGGAGGUUACUUACACUCUUUACUUUAAUGAGACCGAAUGUGAGGCGAAGUGUGUUUGUGGGUUGUUUGAGAUGCGAGGGAUCAUUUGUAGACAUAUUCUUGCCAUCUUUUCAGCUAAGAAAGUUCGUGAGUUGCCGGAAAAGUACAUAUUGGACCGGUGGAGAAAAGACAUAAAACGUAAGUAUACGUUUAUUUCGAGAAGUUAUGACAUUGCUGAUCAGAGACCCGAAACUGUUAGGUAUAAACGUAUAUUGAAAACUUUCAAUGAGGUAGUAACAAAUGCAGUUUCGUGCGAUGGGCAUACUGAGGAAAUGAUUUCGAAGUUAUAUGCGAUGAAUGAGGUAUGGCGCACUUCGAACCCCAAGGACAUAGAUUCUAAUGUUGGAGGAAGUACCGUGAAUGCAGCCACAGAAGGAAGUUCCAAAAAGGUGCUAAGUCCCAUGUUGUCAGAGGCAAGGGAAGACCCCCGUAGGCGUAGAUUGGAUACUGAACUAUUGGAAAGUAGUGGAAACCAACUCGGGAUAUCGGAAAUGAGGGUGCAAGAAAAUGUACAAACUUCCAUAAUGGUGGAUCAAGAAAGUGGACAACAAACUCCAGUGAUAGGGACACAAGAAAGCCCGGAAAUGGCAGAUGGAACGCAGCCGGAGACUGCAGAUGGAAUGCAGCCAAGCAGCUUCUUGUAG